CCGCCUUGGCCCGGACGGCUCGCGGGGCAUCUCCGUCCAUCAUCGUGCGGGUCGCGGCCUCCGCCGCUCAAACAACCUUCAUAAUAUACUACCGCUCCCACUCUCGCUCGCUCCCUCCCUCCCUCCCUCCGGCCUCCACGCAGCCGCGGCCUCGUCUCGUCCGAUCCCCUCGACCCCCGCGUCCCGCAAUGGCGGCCGCGGCCGCGGCCGCCGCCGGCGAGUCGGCCGGCGAGCUGCUGCGCCGCGCGGCGGCGCUGGUCCCCGCGGAGCACUACGCGCUCGCGGCCCUCGUCGCCGUGUCGGUCCUCGCGUACCGGUUCGUGGAGCUCCACGUCAUCGGCGACCUCCUCCGCGGCCUCCGCGGCCGCCGCGUCGAGCUCACCUUCCACCCCGCCUCCGAGAUCUACCACUGCGUCGCCUCCAAGUGCCGCUCCCUCCACGGCAGGUACCUGGCGACGCCUUGGCUUGCGAGCCCGCAUUUGCAGACAUUGUUCCUGGGAAUCCACGGGAGACCGCCGUCCUUCACCUACAAGAGGCAACUAUACACAGUUCGUGAUGGUGGAACCAUUGCUUUGGAUUGGCUGCUGGCCUUUGAUUUGGAGGAUGCAGAUGAGAUCAUUUCAAAAGAUUCUUCAACACCCCUUUUAGUUGUCGUCCCUGGAUUAACCAGUGAUUCUGAUGCUGCUUAUGCAAAACACUUGGUUCAUUCCAUGGCGAGAAAAGGGUGGAAUGUUGUUGUAAGUAACCACAGGGGUCUUGGUGGUGUGUCCAUUACAUCAGAUUGCCUCUACAAUGGUGGAUGGACAGAGGAUGUCCGAGAAGUUAUUAAUUAUCUCCAUCGCAAGUAUCCAAAGGCUCCGAUGUUCUGUGUUGGUACAAGCAUAGGUGCCAAUAUCCUGGUCAAGUACCUUGGAGAAGAAGGUGAGAGUACUCCUCUGGCUGGUGCUGCAUCUAUUUGUUCUCCAUGGGAUCUGGUGGUAUGUGACAGAUUUAUUUCCCGUAAGCUUGUGCAACGGUUUUAUGACAAAGCCCUUGCGUUUGGUCUAAAGGGCUAUGCAAAGCUACAUCAACCUGUCUUGGCUCGCCUUGCAAAUUGGGAGGGUAUUAAAAAGUCACGCUCUAUCCGGGAGUUUGACCACCAUGCCACUUGCAUUGUUGCAAAAUAUGAGACUGUGGAUACCUACUACCGCCGGUGCAGCAGUGCUAGUUUUGUUGGUAAUGUGUCAGUUCCCUUGCUUUGUAUAAGUGCUUUGGAUGACCCCCUUUGCACAAGAGAGGCAAUUCCUUGGGACGAAUGCAGAGCGAACAAGAACAUUGUUUUGGCAACUACUCAGAAUGGCGGCCAUCUUGCAUUUUUUCAAGGACUAACUGCUGGAAAACUAUGGUGGGUCGGAGCUGUGUCUGAGUUCCUAUGUGCUCUGCAUGACAGCUCGUACAUGCAUCAACAAAAGGCGGAAGAACAUGUUCUGCAUUCUUCACUGGAGUCGUCCAUUGACAAGAGCCCGUACGUCAACAUCCUUGGAGACGGAAUGAUAGCUCCGGUCGGAAACGAUGGCCCCCCUUCUAGCCAGAUCAGCGAUGAUCUGAAGCCGAAUGCCACGGUGAACAGCACGCAAGAAGAUGAAGAAGCCAAGGAAGUGGAGAACAGAAGCGGCACUGAUGGAGAUGCAAUGCCCGCUCAAAGCCCUGCAGCUGCAGGGUCCACAAAGCAGCAAGGGGAGGAACGCUACGCUGAUAAGAUCCGCGACGCCAUGGCUCCCGUCAAGAGAUCCGUAAACAAGCUCGCUCGGUACCAAGGGAGGUCAGUCUGGCUCCUCGCGUACGUAGCCUUGGUAACGUCGUGGCCGCUGCUUGGCUCCCUGGCUUUCAUGCUCUUCAGGAAGAAGUCGAGGCAUCCUCUGUCCGCUAAGUAAUCAUGGUACAGCAGAUAAGUAAACUGUGCGCAUAGUAUUUAUUCCUUUUGCAUCAUGGUCUGUAUGCACGCCUUGGUGCAGUGGUCGGAAUAAUAACGGUGUCAUACAUGCACCUGUCUUCAGCUAUACGUGUUUAGGCAAUUUUAUGCCGAUAAGAUGCUUCCA